GCGAGGAAGAGGAAGAUGCCCCAGGACACCCAGGCAGACAAGGAGCCGAGCACGGAGCCCAGGGAGGACAAAUCCCCGCGGCAGAACCUGGUGGGAGAGGCCGUUUUGAGCGGCUCCACGGUGCAGGAAUCCAACGGGGAGGAAAAGCCCCGGAGAUCCCGCACGAGGAGGGGCUGCAAACGCAGCCCAGGGUGCUCUGAGGAGGAAAGACCCACCCUGUGCCGGGAAGGUGGCCAAAGAUGCAGCCAGAGGUCAGAGCCGGUGGUUCAUGAGCAGCUUCACAAUGGGGAGAAGCCCCACAAGUGUGGGGAAUGUGGGAAGAGCUUCAGGUGGAGAUGCCGCCUGAUCCGCCACCAGAUGGUCCACACUGGGGAGAGGCCCUACAAGUGUGGGGAAUGUGGGAAGAACUUCAGCCAGAGAUUCCAACUGACCUCCCACCAGAUGAUUCAUAGUGGGGAGAGGCCCUACGAGUGUGGGGAAUGUGGGAAGAACUUCAGCCAGAGAUCCCACCUGACCUCCCACCAGAUGAUUCAUAGUGGGGAGAGGCCCUACAAGUGUCCCGAAUGUGGGAAGAGCUUCAGCCAGCACGCCCACCUGAUCCGCCACCAUCGCAUUCACACAAGGGAACGGCCCUAUGAGUGCUUGGAAUGUGGGAAGAGCUUCAGAGAGAGCUCCCACCUCAUCCGCCAUGAGCGCAUCCACACAGGAGAGAGGCCCUACGAGUGUCCCCAGUGUCAGAAGAGGUUUCAGACCGGCUCAGAUCUCUUCCGGCACGAGCGGAUUCACUCAGAGGAGAGGCUCUUCCGCUGCCCCGACUGUGGGAAGGGUUUCAAGCAAAACUCCAGCCUCACCACCCACCGGCGCAUCCACACCAGGGAGAGGCCCUACGAGUGUCCCGAGUGUGGGAAGAGCUUCUCCAGCAGCUCUAACUUGACCCAACACCAACGGAGGCACCGGUAAGGGAAGCCCUGAGAGUGCCCUGUGACAAGAGCUUCGUCCUCUGCUCCAACUUCAUCCCCCAUCAGAGGACCCACGUUGGGAAGGGCCCUGGUUGUCAGGAUUAUGGGAUUGGGAUGACUCAGAAAUGUCACAGAGAUGAUUUAUUGCUGAAUCAGUCUCACGUUUAUUGAAGGGUGAGAUAGGAGAGAUGUUGUGGACAACAUCUCUAAUAUCAAAAGCAGCAGUUACAGUAGCAAUAGCAAAAGCAGCAGCAGUGGCAGCUGCAGCAGGCACAGGUGCCAAGGUAGCAGCAGCUGCAGCAGAUCCAAAAGCUGAGGUAGCUAAAAGCAGCUUUUUUCUACAAGGCCUUUUAUACUUUUUGAAGCCAAUAAGCAAAUGCCACAAAGCUUGCUAACACAUUUGUACCAAUCAUCACUGUACGUGAUUCUGCCGCAGUGCAUACUUUCUCAUCCAAUCAUCACAUUGCUAUUAUGGCCUUUUGCACAGGCUUAUAUUACUGUAUCUUAACUUUCUAAGAAACUUUAUUAUAAAAUUUAUUGUUAAACUCAAAACUCUUUACUCUUUUACUUAUGACUAUUACUUCUUGCAUAAAACAUGUUCUUACUUGUUAAAAAUACAUUUCUACUUCUAUAAAGCAUGUUUAUUUUAAAACUACAAAACUAAUUUCUUGCUUUAAACUGCAAAAGGUCAUUGUUCUAACUCAGGCAGCCUUCGCCAAGGUCUCAGAUCAAAACGUGUAUCCAUUUCUAUCUGUUCAAGCACAGUGCUGUUUCUGUACCCUGUCAGCACCUGUGAGUUCUCUGUAACUUCAUUUCCCACAUCUCUCCCUCUGUUGAACUACAAAAAUCUCUUUGAUAGCUUUGUCGACCAUUCAUCGCAUGCACUGAAGUAGGCAAGGCGCCAUUAUCAACACAACUAUGAUAGCAAGUAAUACAUAUAGACUUAUUUUCAAAGGCUGUUUUAACCAGGAUGCUAAACCCCAUCCAUCAAACAAGUCAU